CAGUAUGACAUGCAGAUGAGUGCCGUCGAUCUUAGAAUCACCGCACACUUCACUCAUUUGGGCAGUCACGGGGCCAAAACCAGAGUGUGGAGCCACAGUGUGGCGGUGGAGGCAGCAGCAAAUGGGAGGCCAUACAGCACCCUAUGACAAAAUGGAACCCACCAGCAGUGUGAGGAGACCUGAAAGUGGCACAUGGCAGAGUGUGGCGAUGGAGACAGCAGCAAUGGGAGGCGGUACAGGGACCCAUGAGACACUGUGGACCUGGCAGCAGCACAUGAGGAGGUGGUACAGGGGCCCAUGGCAGAUUAGGGGCCUGGCAGCAGCAAUGGGAGGCCCGUAAUCUGCCAGCACUCUAUGACAAAAUGGAACCCCAGCAGCAGUGUGAGGAGACCUGAAAGUGGGCACAU